AUUUCUGCCGCAUCCUCUGGUGUCCACUGCUCGCGUAGAGGGCUUCUUUAGAGUUUGCUUAGCGUGCGCUGCGAGUGCGUGUGGGAGUACCUGCAGCACAAGUGCCUUGCCGGGCUUCACAUGAGUCAUGACAAAUCAUAAGGAUAGAGCUUCACGGAAGAGGAAGAGAGCCGCCAUCGCGGCAUGUCGAGCACGGGCAGCAGCUGCAUUUUCACACCAUUCAAGGAAGGCGAAUUCGCCGGAGAGCAACAGAGAGCAACGCCAAAGCGCCGCCUGUACGCCAUGCUUGGACGACAGUGGUUUUGCCAGAGAGGAUGACGCAACGUCUGAAUACUGGGACAAUUUCGGCAUCGUCGAGGAGUCGCUGCCGGGCCUGAGUCUGGAGACAAGCGUCACAACUCAGCCAGAGGAGCCGAUCAUCACCGGAAGACGAGUUGUGUCGCUGGCCCAUUUCGUGAACGCUGUUCGUAGUCUCGACGACCACAGCUGUCCUAAGCUGACUGGACGUUUUGCACUCGUGAAAGAACGGAGAGUGGGGCUCUGGUCGGAGCUCACUUUUACCUGCAGUGAAUGUCAGGAAAUCAGAAAGUUGACGACUGACCCCGUCACAGAACCAACGUCCCUCACUGACAAAGCAAACGUAGGAGUCAAUGAUGCUGCUGUUUGGGCAUUCAUGAGUAUCGGAUCGGGCCACUCACAGUUCGAGGAAGCAAUGGCAGUCAUGGAAAUUCCUGCUAUGAGCAAAGGGGCUUUUCUACGCCGGGAGGAGUCCCUGAGAAAGAUCGACGAGGGUCAGAUCGGACAAAUCGCGCAGUGCCAGCUGAAAGCUCCAGUGAUCACAACAUGCCGACCAGCAAGCCACUGGAACAAGGACUGGCGCCCGGGUCCGGCGCCGCAGACGGAGGAGGACAUGAGAGCGGCCGCCAAAAAGUAA